CGCAGAACUGCAGUCCACCUGCAAUAACGAAAGCAGGAGUGGAAAGUAAAGAGAACAGGAGCGGGAAUGCAGCACCUCGGCUCAUUUGUCCACUUUCUCCUCUUCCUGGUGGCGUCCUCUGCAGAUACAGUUGCUGAUUCGUGUGAUCCUAAAGCUGCUGAGAUUGUAGGAGGCAACUAUACUCUCCUGGAAGAUGGAACCACAUUGCUCUAUGAGUGUCCUCAGGGGCAGUAUCCACAUCCGACACAAUUCCGGUUUUGUAAGGAUGGCAACCAGUGGAGCCCCUUGACCGGCAGGGAUGGCAGGAUUGUCGAGCAGGCUGUGUGUCAAGCCAUCCGAUGUGUCAGGCCUCUGGAAUUUGAGAAUGGUGUUUUCGAGACCUUCCAGCAAUUUUACGACAUAAACCAGGAGCUGAGGUUCGCUUGCUAUGAUGGAUACCAGCUGCGGGGCUCCCAGAUUCGUACCUGUCUCCCCAGUGGGAAAUGGAGUGGAGAAACAGCCAUAUGUGAUGAUGGAACCGGCCAUUGUCCUGAUCCAGGAAUUCCAAUCGGUGCUCGAAAAUACGGCACAGAGUACCAAGCAGAUAGUACGGUCCGCUACCAGUGUUUGAGAGGGUUGUCUCUUAUCGGAUCUAAGGAAAGAGUUUGUCAAAGAUCAGGAACUUGGAGUGGAUCGGAACCAGAAUGUCGAAGCCCGUUCACCUUUGAUUCUAAAGAAGAAAUCAAGACCAAGUUCCUUCCAUCCCUCACUGAAGUUGCUUUGUCUGCCAGUCAAGGAGCAUCAGCUAACAACAAAAGUGACCAACUUAAUAUCUACUUUAUCCUUGACGCCUCACAAAGCUUUGGCCGAACAAGAUUCGCAAAGGCUAAGGAAGCUUUGGUCAAGUUAAUUGAGAAGAUCUCCAGCUAUGACCUCCUUCCCAAGUAUGGCAUUGUGACUUUUGCCACUUAUAGCAGGAUAGUUCUGAGUACAAUUGAUCCACAGAGUAGUGAUGCCGACUGGGUGUCUCAAUUGCUGAGCUCCAUCAGCACCGAUGUGCAUGAGCUGAAGCCUGGAACCAACAUCAGGAAUGGCUUUCAGUCUGUCUAUGAAAUUAUGACUGCACAGGACUCACAGGAGAAGCGACAGGGGCUGAACCCCACUCCUGUCUCCACCACAGCCCACCAUAUCAUUAUCCUCCUAACUGAUGGAAACUACAACUUGGGGGGCUCCCCAUCUUUUGUUAUCACACAGAUCAAGGAGUUUCUUAACAUCGGGAGACCUUCCCCAAACCCUCCUGAUGAUCAUUUGGGCAGCUACCAUGUGGGGGACUCCUCAUCUCCUGCUGUCCUACAAAUAAACAUUGGGAGAUCUUCCCCAAACCCUCGUGAUGAUUAUUUGGAUAUUUAUGUCUUUGGUAGCGGCCAGGACAUCAACAUAAAAGCUAUUAAUGAAUUGGCUUCUCACAAGCCCAAUGAGAGACACAGCUUCAUUUUGAAGGACUUUGUUGAACUGCAAGAGGUCUUGGAGGAGAGUUUGGAUGAUGGUGAAUCUUUGCCCAUGUGUGGUUUCUCCCCUGGAGAAGCAGCAGCAGAUGACUAUGAAAAGAAUCCCUGGUUUGCAAGAAUCGUCAUCAAUGAAUCACGGCAAGAAAUCUGCAAGGGAGUCAUUGUCUCUGACCGGGACAUCUUGACAGCUGCCCACUGCUUGGCCAGGAUUAAUGGAAUCGAAGAUAUCAGUGUCAUCCUUGGAACAACCAACUUUACAGUAGCUGAAAUCCGACGCCACCCAGAAUACAAUAGUGAGAAUGUACAAAAUAAGGACAGCCCAGAGUUCUAUGAUUUUGAUGUUGCCCUGGUCAAACUCAAAAAGCACCUUCCAUCUUUUGCAAGGCCGGUCUGUCUGCCAUGUACAAUAGAAACCACUCGGAUUCUGAGAAAGCCACACCCACAAACCACGUGUAAGGAUCACGAGGAAGAACUCCUGUAUGGUGGAAAUAUUCCUUCUCUUUUCAUCACCACCUGUAAAUAUAGGAAUGGUCAGAAACCUGGAUUGCUCCGGAGAGAUGUAUGGAUCAAGAAUGGAGAAAAGAAAAUGGCCUGCUACUUAGAUGCUGAGAAAGCCAGACAAUACGAGAACGUUACAAAUAUCUCAGAGGUGUUGAAUGAGCACUUCCUUUGCACAGGAGGCACCGAUCCGCAUGUGGACCCCAAUGUUUGUUCAUAUGAUGCUGGUGGGCCUCUCAUCAUUCAGAGAAGGCUACGUUACAUCCAGCUGGGUGUGAUCAGCUGGAGCGUGGUUGACACUUGCAAAGGCGAUAGAUCAUUAUUGUGCGACUCAGAGCCUGUAAAGAAGAAGCCCCUCCCCCACGCCAGGGAUUUCCACACCAACAUCUUCAAAAUUCUACCUUGGCUCAAGGAGCAAUUGGGGACAGAGGUGGAGUUCCUAUAAAUGUCCUUUUCUCGUUGCUUUGUUUUGAAUAAAUGGAUCAAGUAUUUCCGCGUCCUUGAAA